GCAAACCCUAGCCGCCGGGCAGGUCGGUCCCCGCGCGGGGGGCGGCGGCGCGGGGGGCGCGCUAUAUAAACAGAGCCCUUCAUCCGAUGCCUCCAACCCAUCUGGCGACCUCGAUCCCCUCCCCUGUUGGUUCUGUCUGUUGACUUCCCCCCAUCGAGCUAGCUAGUCAGCUGGUCCCGUUGCCAUGGGGAAGGAGAAGGUUCACAUCAACAUUGUGGUCAUUGGUCAUGUUGACUCCGGCAAGUCCACCACCACCGGCCACCUCAUCUACAAGCUUGGAGGCAUCGACAAGCGUGUCAUCGAGAGGUUUGAGAAGGAGGCUGCCGAGAUGAACAAGAGGUCCUUCAAGUACGCCUGGGUGCUUGACAAGCUCAAGGCCGAGCGCGAGAGGGGCAUCACCAUUGACAUUGCCCUGUGGAAGUUUGAGACCACCAAGUACUACUGCACUGUGAUCGACGCUCCUGGGCACCGUGACUUCAUCAAGAACAUGAUCACCGGCACCUCCCAGGCUGAUUGUGCGGUGCUCAUCAUUGACUCCACCACUGGUGGCUUUGAGGCUGGUAUCUCCAAGGACGGCCAGACCCGUGAGCACGCACUCCUUGCUUUCACUCUUGGUGUCAGACAGAUGAUCUGCUGCUGCAACAAGAUGGAUGCCACCACCCCCAAGUACUCCAAGGCUCGGUACGACGAGAUCGUCAAGGAAGUGGGUUCCUACCUCAAGAAGGUGGGGUACAACCCGGACAAGAUCCCCUUCGUGCCCAUCUCUGGGUUCGAGGGUGACAACAUGAUCGAGAGGUCUACGAACCUGGACUGGUACAAGGGCCCCACCCUCCUUGAGGCGCUGGACCAGAUUAACGAGCCCAAGCGGCCCUCGGACAAGCCCCUGCGCCUUCCCCUGCAGGACGUGUACAAGAUCGGCGGCAUCGGCACCGUCCCGGUGGGCCGUGUGGAGACCGGCCUCAUUAAGCCCGGCAUGGUGGUCACCUUUGGCCCCACGGGCCUGACGACGGAGGUCAAGUCGGUGGAGAUGCACCACGAGUCGAUGCAGGAGGCGCUUCCCGGCGACAACGUCGGCUUCAACGUCAAGAACGUGGCGGUCAAGGACCUGAAGCGUGGCUACGUGGCCUCCAACUCCAAGGACGACCCCGCCAAGGAGGCUGCCAGCUUCACCGCGCAGGUGAUCAUCAUGAACCACCCCGGGCAGAUCGGCAACGGCUACGCCCCGGUGCUGGACUGCCACACCUCCCACAUCGCCGUCAAGUUCUCGGAGCUGCUCACCAAGAUCGACCGGCGGUCGGGCAAGGAGCUGGAGAGCGCCCCCAAGUUCCUUAAGAAUGGUGAUGCCGGCUUCGUCAAGAUGAUCCCCACAAAGCCCAUGGUGGUGGAGACCUUCUCGGAGUAUCCUCCACUGGGGCGCUUCGCUGUUCGUGACAUGAGGCAGACGGUUGCGGUCGGUGUGAUAAAGAGCGUGGAGAAGAAGGACCCGACGGGAGCCAAGGUGACCAAGGCGGCUGCCAAGAAGAAAUGAUGAUGAUCCUGCAUAUCCAUGGUUCCUGGUUUCUUGCUGGUUGGAUUAUAUACAUGUCAAAUAAGUGUCCCUAUUUUGUUGGGUGGUGCUAGUAGUAGUUACAAAAGAACAAUUUGAUGGUUCAGUGUCUUUACAGUAUGUGUCGACGGUUGUGUUCGUGAUUGCCUACCAUUAUAAUAUGCCUACCAUUAUAAUAGUAUUUAUCAGUGACAUGUUUGAUGUUUC